ACUAGAGUCUCCAAACACGGUGAUUUUAACAGUAAGCAUAGCAAGUUUUCAAUGGUAACAAAGUAACUGAUACACAGAUUACUCAGCAUUCCAAAAGCAGAAAUAUCAGCCAAAUAAUGUUACAUUGCUUAUAGCUUUUCUAUCUUCUCUACUAAAAAACAACAACUACUAGAAAUGCCAAUAUUAACAAAGUAACGCUUUUCUAUCUUCUCUACUGAAAUGCCAAAGCUUAUAGCUUUUCUAUCUUCUCUACUAAAAAACGUUGCUGAAUCAAAUGAUACCAACCAACAACAACUACUACUACAACAACAAAAGAUCUCAGUUUUUCAAGGCUUAACUCGACCCAACAUCUCAAUUCAAAGCUACCUUGAAAGAAUUUUCAAGUAUGCAAAUUGUAGUCCAUCAUGUUUCAUUGUUGCAUAUGUUUAUCUUGAUCGUUUCACUCAAAAACAACCUUAUUUGCCUGUUAAUUCCUUCAAUGUUCAUCGGUUGCUCAUUACAAGUGUUAUGGUGGCUGCUAAAUUCAUGGAUGACAUAUACUACAACAAUGCUUACUAUGCAAAAGUUGGAGGAAUCACCACCAUAGAGAUGAAUUUUCUUGAAUUGGACUUUUUAUUUGGUUUGGGAUUUCAUUUAAAUGUAACUCCAAACACUUUCCAAGCCUAUUGUGUUCACCUACAAAGUGAAAUGAUGCUGAUGCAACCUCUAAAUUUUACAGAUUAUUCCUUAAGUUUAGGAAAACCACUAAAUACCCAUUUAUGUUUUAAUGAAGAUGAAUCUUCACAUCAAAAGCAACAACAGUUAGCUGUGUGAAAUUUUUCUUCAUUUCAUGCAUAUGUAAUAUUCUGCUUGUAGAGGGUUGUGAACCAAUUAAAAUUUGAAUUCCAUUAUUAUAAAAUAUAAUUGUCUCUUCUUUACA